AAAAUCUUUUAAAUUAGAAACAAUUAUAUGUAGAGAUAACUUGAAAAUACUUUUAGUAUGAAUUUUUUGUAUUAAUUUAUAAUGUAUUACAUUGUUUAGAGGUCAUUCAAGAAGUUAACAGCAAAAGAUUGUUUUCCCAUUGAUGAAUAAACCUUUGGUUUUCAAUUGUCUUAAAAUCCUUUUUUAGUUAGCCUAGCUUUUAAGAGACAAAUUUGCCAUUGUACAUUUUAUAGUUUCUUAUAUAGGUGUCAAGUUAGCUUGGUGAUAAUCUUUAGUUAAAACUGUGCUGUGACUAAGGAAUUUAGAUCCAUUGGGCACGUCUAUGAUACCAUGCAUUUUGUGUUAAUAUAUUUUAACAAAAAGAAACUUUAACAAUUCAACCUAAAAAGCAGUUAAUAAAUGUUAUUUCCUAGGUAUUUGCACCCUUUUAAAAAAAACUGCUAACGAUAAUAGUGCCUUGUAGUAUUUUAUGAAGCACUGCCUUGCUUGCACUUGUUAUUAAUCAUACAUUUUAGGCCCUUAUGAAUAAAUAACCUUACUUGAUAUACUAUUCAUCAUAGAAGAACUUUAAAAUUUUGAAAAGCAUGCCAUAUUAGAGUUAGAAUAAUAAGUUGUUUAUGGUACUUUCUGUGGAGUAAUUAUUUAGUUUAGAAAACUUCUUCAGGAUUUCCGGUUGCUAUAUUAUUUUUCUACCUAGAAGAGUACUAAAAAGGCAAUGCUAUCUGUGGUUUAGUUUGAACAGACCAACAGCAGAGAUGAGAUGAGAUGAGAUGAGAUGAGGAGACUGGAAAGUAAAUGCCAGUAGCAUUGGUGAUGAAUUUUGGGAGUUUUCAUUUGAAGAGUUAUAGUUUGUUGAUUAGUGGAUGACAGUGCAUGUGACCAAGGAAUGGCCAGCUUUAAAGGCAGUCACAGAAUUAGGGCUUAUCAAUGGAAUUAUUUCAGAUGACAUUUUUCUUUGUGAGACCUGAUUAGGAAAAUAAGUACAGCUUUUCUUUCUGAUUGUUCCUCUUAAUAAUGUCUUAGAGUUUCAAUAAUAAUUAGCUUGCUUUCAAAUACCUAGACUUAGACAGUCUUAUCCUUUGGCCUCUCAAGGGCUGUAAAUCUCUAUGCAAAUAUUUGUGUUUUCAUUUUGAUGUGGAAAGUCUUUGUAAAUUUCAUCCCAUUGUCAGAAUAGUCACAGGACCAUAAAAAGAUAAAGAAGCCUGAUCUAGAUCUUUGCUGCUGCUUCUCUGGAGAAUGUUUUCAGAGAGAAGUAAAUAUGAAUUGAACAUUUUUCAAGGUUAACAUUUCCUUAAACUUUAAGAAGAAAAACUUUCUAACAUUGUGAACAGAUUAAGUAGCUUUUCAAUUAAAUGCUUUUAUUUCGAUUGAGGUAGUUUUUUUGAAAACCUGGGAAUUUUAGUUUGGGAUUAGGCAAAGAUUGUUUAACAGUUGGUGAGUUUAAGUUAAGUGACCUUCAAAUUUUAGCAAUUUCAUGAUUUACAAAUCAUGGUCAUAAUUUAUUUUUCUUAAGUAUGUUUCUGUAUCAUAUUUUUAGUCUGUAGAUUUUCUUAUGGUCCCAUGAUUAUUGAUGUAGACUUUUUUUUUCUUAGUGAAACCUUUAAGUUUUAUGAUUUUCAAUUGAGAUAAUGUAUAAUGUUUUAGUUUUAGGCUGUACGAGGAGUUAGCUUUCCUACAUUUUAAAGGAAUCAUUUGGCAGUCAGCAUAUUUUCCUGAUUUUUUGUUGUUAAAAGAGAUAAGUUGAUAACUGUAUGUUGAAGGGUUCCCAUGAUAGAUAUUUUCUUAAAAGUGCAAAUAUCAGUGCUUGAUUUAUAGAUAUGUAAUAAACAGUGGUCUGUAAAAGCGUUUAGUAUAAAAAAUAUGGUAGUUUCCCUUAUAUACAGCUUAUGAACUCUUCUGUUCCCUGAGUUUAGAGUAGACUAAUAAAUUACGGUGUAGAAGAGAGUCAGCUACCAAAUUAAAUGCAUGUGUACCAUACAGAUAAUUUAUUAAGUAUUUUUGCAUAUUGAGAAUUGACUUACAUUAGUUUUCCCUUUUCACCACCACAUCUUUGUCAUUUUGACCCUGAACACUUAAUAAAUCACUCAAUUUGAUCUAAAAUAUGCUUAUGUAUACUUUAAUAGAAAAUUACAUUGCAUGGCUUUCUGACUUGGGUUUUUGUUAUAAAAGUGCCUGUUUUGUUCAUGUGUCCUAAGAGAGCAAGCAUUAUGACAUACCAGACUAACUUAAAAGCAGAUUGCCUGUGAAGCACAAUUUGAGUCCAAUUUUUUGAGGUAUGGAGUUUUAGCUAUCAUGGCUGGGUUUUUACUCAAUCUCAAAUAAUAGGGCUCUGGUUAUUUUGCAGAGUGUCUCUGAAGAAUGGACAGAAUUGCCCUGGCUAACUACAAGCUACGGUUCACAGUGGAUAAAUAGAUGCCCGAGUGGUAAAAGACAUGGCAACAGGAAAGUCUAAGGGAUAUGGCUUUGUCUCCUUUUUCAACAAAUGGGAUGCUGAAAACGCCAUUCAACAGAUGGGUGGCCAGUGGCUUGGUGGAAGACAAAUCAGAACUAACUGGGCAACCCGAAAGCCUCCCGCUCCAAAGAGUACAUAUGAGUCAAAUACCAAACAACUAUCAUAUGAUGAGGUUGUAAAUCAGUCUAGUCCAAGCAACUGUACUGUAUACUGUGGAGGUGUUACUUCUGGGCUGACAGAACAACUAAUGCGUCAGACUUUUUCGCCAUUUGGACAAAUAAUGGAAAUUCGAGUCUUUCCAGAUAAAGGGUAUUCAUUUGUUCGGUUCAAUUCCCAUGAAAGUGCAGCACAUGCAAUUGUUUCUGUUAAUGGUACUACCAUUGAAGGUCAUGUUGUGAAAUGCUAUUGGGGCAAAGAAACACUUGAUAUGAUAAAUCCCGUGCAGCAGCAGAGUCAAAUUGGAUAUCCACAACCUUAUGGCCAGUGGGGCCAGUGGUAUGGAAAUGCACAGCAAAUUGGCCAGUAUAUGCCUAAUGGUUGGCAAGUUCCUGCAUAUGGAAUGUAUGGCCAGGCAUGGAACCAGCAAGGAUUUAAUCAGACACAGUCUUCUGCACCGUGGAUGGGACCAAAUUAUGGAGUGCAACCGCCUCAAGGGCAAAAUGGCAGCAUGUUGCCUAAUCAGCCUUCCGGGUAUCGAGUGGCAGGGUAUGAAACCCAGUGAAAAAAGACUCCAGAAUCUAAAGCCAGUGGCUUGAGGCUACAGGGAGUGUAGUAAAGCCGUUGUUUACUUAAAGAUUUAUCAAAUCAGUCAGUGCAAAUGUCAGAUACAAUGUAUUUAUUUAAAAGAUUCAUUUUUAAUCAUGAAAUUACUUAUCAUCCACAUUGUUUUAAAAAGAAACAAGAUGCUGGAUGUCUGCCAAUUUUUGCCUUCAUUACCUUUUUUGAUAAAGUUUCUCAGAUCCUUGUUUCAAACACAAAUGCAGGGAUUGCUGCCACUUUUUAAAUAUUAAGAGGCAGAAAAUUGCACAAUAUUGAACUUUUUUCCACUAAAGUAGUGUGCAGUUCUAGUUUGCAUUCCUGAUAUGAUUUAAAACAUGUAAUAUAAAGACGCUAAAAAAAAAAAAAAAACCAAAACUGUGCAGAGUCUAGAAGUUCUUUGUAAUCUUCAGCUUAUGCACAAUUCUGUUUUAGGUUUUUUAAAAAAAAAGGCAUUGGUUGAGCUGUCCCAUCUCCGCUGUUAUACUUUUGGGGUUUUUUAAUAUAAAUUAUUAGUUUACAUCAUUUUUGUAUCUACAUCUUUUUCACAAAUUUGUCUUGCCUUAUUAAAGUUCUGUAAAGUAUACUUAAAUGAGAAAAUGAUGUUCAUUUAGAUUGAAAACUUUUCUCAGAUGGAUUGAUAAUUGCAUUCAUCUUGUGUUUUAUAUAAGAAGGUGCCUCAAGAAUUCUCUGUUGGAUUUGUUUAAAAGGAUUUUUAUCUUCUGUGAUAAACUUUGCUGUGUACCAGGAACUAUAAAAACAAAAACUUGUUACUAAAGAAAAUAUCUGAAAUGUGAUAAGUUCUUAUGCCAUGUUAAUUUCAUGUGUCAACUUCAACAUUUACAUGUAUUAUUUCAUUAUGUAAAAUGUUUUAGCAACUUAAUAUUUUCCACAGUUAGCAAACUUGUAUGUCAUUUCCUUCAAGGCAUUAUGCAGAGUUGACAUGAGAUUUAUAAGGUUUUAAGUUGUUUGCAUGUGAAAAUCAAAUACAUACUUUGGUAGUCUUUGAAUACAAAGUCAUCUGCUCUUGUUUUUCAAGAAUUUUGAGAUACAAAGUAGUAUGCAAAGAAAUAUAUUAAUUUGCCAUUAUCUAGGUAGAUUUACUCAAAAAGAGUGAAUCAACUUAGUAUGUACAAAUGAUAGCUGUGAAACUGUCUUUGUGUCAGGCAUGGGGUUCAUUGUGACCUCCAAAUUUUGUCUGAAGGACCAGCUGGGCAAAGUGUUUUUUAAAUGUUCAGAGGCCAAAAGAUUUAAAAAAAAAAACUUUAAAAUCCUACCUCCUUAAACAGCCUUCAAAGAAGAAAAUCCUCAGUGCAAUCAUUAUUUUGAUUCUUUUGGUACCUGUUUUCCUUGAAUUUCCAAUUUUAUUAUUUUGGGGUGCUCCAAGCAUUAAGAGGUUUAAUCUUUGAUGGCAUUGUUCUAGUUUUGAAAUUUCAAGCAUAUUUCAGAGUCUCUUAGAAGACUUGUGUGGGAAGUUUCACUUUGUUUUCACUGAAGGUCACAAACCUUCUUCUUUGACUCAGAGAGGAAAGGUGCCAGUAUACACAUUCGAAUAAUUGAUGGUUUUCAAGACCUUCAAAGAGCUUCCAGCAUUUUACCUAAAAACAGAAAAGGCCUGCAAAGUCUUAAGUUUCCUGGCCUGCAUUUCCCAGGUAGGGGCAAAUGACUCUAAGCUGGUCUCUAGGCCAAUACCCUGGUAAACCAGAGCCCAGGAAGACAGCUCAAGUGUUUAAUUCUCUGGGAGCUCAAUUCUAUGCAGUUGUGCUAUUUCAUUAAGUCACUGUGUAUUUUUAAGUGUUGAUACAUUAAAAGUCGCUUUAUGGAAGAUGAGUAAAUUUUUUAAAUACUUGGAAAUUUUAUUUCCUUGUUAAUAUCUACAGAUCAGGGCAUGUAACCAAAAGCAGCUUAAAUGAAAUAUCAGGAAGCUAUUUUUAGAUUUCUUCUGGCAUAUGUUUCUAUUUUAGGACCCUCAUUUUUCUCUUAUUAAAAAAAAAAUUAUUUCCUGUACAUCUCAUGGACUGCAGGGUAAAUUAUUUGGGCAUAAAUAAUUUAAACAGAAGUAUAGUUUUCUUUCAUUUUGACUGUCUCCACUAAUAACAGUUUUUAUUAGGCAGUGUAUUUGGUUAUUGCACAAAUCUUAAAAAUGUACAUCAAGUACUUUUUGAGGAGAAAGUGGUAUCAGUACUCAUGAAAAGGUUACUACUGAACAGAUUCACAUUUUAGGAACACCUGUCUUUAGUUCAAAUCUUACUCUUAGUUUUCAGUCUAAAAAUCAUACCAGUAUUAUAGUAUCAGGUAAGGAAAUUAAAGUUUUUUUAAAUGGUUUCAUUCUCUGCAAUAUGCAAAUUCAGAUUUUACUUUCUGGUACUGUAAAGAACUUGAAGUGAUUCACACUUAAUGGGUAUUAAUCCAGUAUUCUUUUCCCUGACUGUUUGGAUAUUAAAGUUCCUUUAUGUUUUCUAUAA